ACAGGAUAUUAGCAGAGAGACGAAAUAUGGGUCAUGAUAUGGCAUCCAGCAGAUACAAAAGCCUGGUGUGUGUGUCCCCACUUCCUUUUGUCUCGCAAGACUAAAUACUGUAGAACAUUUGUUGGACACCUUACAUUACUUCCUGAAUUGCACAUUUUGCGGCUGGAGGUUAGUUCAGUUUCCUGUGGGCUCGUGCGAAUCCUGAAUAUGGUGACCAACAUGUUACUGCUAGUCCUCUUUGUUUCAGAUUUUCUCCCACAUCUUGUUGAAGGUACUUGUUCUAAGGCCCUUUACAUCACCACCCCGAAGCAGAUGGAAGCACUGAGGGGAUCCUGUUUGCUGAUCCCGUGUAACUUCAGCGCUGUCUCAGAUAGCUCAGAUAAGGGCUUCAGCAGCUCACGAGAAAUCUUCGGAGUGUGGAUUAAAGAAGAGCCCGCAUUUAGCCAAAAACCAAAAAACGUGAUUUUCCACAGUGAUCGGACGAUUAACAGAUAUCCAAUGAGCAUUACAGGAAACCUGAGACAGAGAAUCUGCACCACUCUGUUUUCUAGUUUGGAAAAAAGUCACACAGACAAAUACUUCUUCAGGAUUGAGAGCAGCCCAUUUCUGGCAACAGCUGCAUGUGAUCCUCUUCAAAUAACAGUGAAAGAUUCUCCUCCGAGCCCCACCAUUGAGAUCUCAGGUGAUCUGAAGGAGGCGGAGUCUGUCACUGUAACCUGCUCAGCUCCAGCUCCCUGUCCACAAUCCCCUCCUAAACUCACCUGGACUCUCCCAGAAAACCCUCCCAACACAAUGGAGGAAAACCCAGAUCGGACCCUCACGACUAAGAUCCAGAAGACCCUCACUCUGACAGACCAACAUGAUGGAUUCAACAUCACCUGCUCUGCCAGCUAUCCUGUGAAUAAAGGGAAAGAUGUGAAGACAGCAGAGACAAAGACUGUCCAUGUUUCAUAUGCUCCUAAGGACACCUCCGCCUCCGUCAGUCGGCCCUCAGGUUUUGUGCCAGCGAGCAGCUUGGUGGAGCUGAGCUGCUCCAGUAGAGCCCAGCCUCCCAUCAGCAGCUUCACCUGGUUCAAGGAGAGCCAAGAUGGAGACAUCAAGGUCUCGCAGGGAGAGAUUUACAGCUUUAAUGCCACAGAGGGAGGACGUUAUUACUGUGUGGCCACAAAUGAGCUUGGUAAAGAAACAUCACCAAAGAUCCAUCUGGCUAACGGAGGAGCGGAACAGCUUGAUGGCUCUUCACCAUGGGGGGGAGUUGUUGGGGGCAUCAUUGGGAUCAUGAUACUCAUCUGUUUAGCUGUUGCUGUUUGGUGGUUGAAGUCCAAACAUACAACUCAAGAACAGUCACAGGGGGAGCAGAUCAGGGGAGAACAUGAGACACAAAUCAAUGAUACGCAGAGGCUAACAGCUGUCCAAGAAUCAGCCGCAGCAACAGAAACAGGAGAAGAAAUCCACUACGGAGAGAUCGACUUCUCCAAGCACAGGUAUCAAAGUCCCCCUGUCUCAGAGCAGGACGGUGGACAGACGGAGGACACGCUGUACGCUCAGGUCAAAGUGUCAGAGACAGCAAACAGACCAGAGGACCUCUACGCUCAAGUGAAAAGGAAAUGAAUGUAUAGACAUGGAUUUUUUUAGACAAAUAUUCCGUUUUUUUUAUUGCCACAAGAACCUAUUUGCUUCAAAACUUGAAGUUCUUUGCCAUAUAUUUAAAGUGUCAUAUUUAUGGUAUUUAUCGUUCUUAAAAAUCUAUUUUGGCUCUUUAAUAAAAGGCCCUGCAACAUACUGCAUGUUUUAACAUGCAGUAUACGCAAUAUUUUACAUUUAGUUUGCAAGUAUUACUAAAAGAGUGCCAUUUAUUCAUAGAAAUAAACAAAGAAAGAGGAGUUGUUAGGCCUUGUCAGAAGUACAGUAAAGUUAGACGAUGACGAAUAAAAUAGGAAGUAAACAUUUUUAAAUAUCUUAAUUAUCUGGUUUAGUCAACCAUCUGUUAUUUUCACUCGAGAUAUGAUCUGAGAAAUUAUGUGUAUUUUUGUGUAAAGGUCAUUUCACAAAAUAAACCAACAGGUAUUUAAUUUGUAUGUAAUGCUUAAAACACUUCCCAACUUGAAAAACUAUAAAGUAUUAUUAUUAUAUAGUAGGCCUGGGUGUCGUAUUCAAUGUAUUUAUUUAGGAAGCAUGUAUAUAUAUAUAUAUUUAUCUUUUUUUGACAUAACUUUUAACAGUUUUGAAAUUCACAUGAGUCUUUUUUCCAUGGAGGCUCUCACUAGUUUGACGUGGGUGUGGCUUAGGUUGGAAAAGAUGAUGUCACCUGUUUCUGUGCACCAAUCAAGAGUUAGCAUCGUAUUAAUCACAAUCUGAUGACAGCAGAGGGGGUGUUGAAGUUUUUACAGUGUUAAAAUAUUCAUUGAUUAUAGCUAAAUAUGUGUAUUGUUGCCUAUUUUUAUAAUGAUACAGAGGAUGAUGCAAAGCUAUCAGGGGCUUCCAAAUUAAAGAGGUGCAAAUGUACAGUAUGCUACUUAAUACAAAUGAAUCCAUCAAAUAAACACAAUUUACAAAAACAA